UAUUGUUCUGAUUAGCUGAAAGAGUGACAUUAGAAUACAGUGUGCUGGACAAUCAACUCCAUAUCACACCUGUAGUUAUCAAUAAAUAUCUUCAGAUAAAAGUGUAUAAAUAAUUAAUCCAUCACUUAUUGGAUAAAUGUAUUUGGUUAUAAAUCAUUAGGCCACCACACGUUUAUCUUCUAAGUUCAUCCUUGACCCGUGAAAAAACAAUAGGCUAGUUCUCCCUGAAUCCAAGGGUAGAGAGUCAUAAGAAUGAGAUGAGAGAGGUGAGAUAGUGCUCUGUAUUCUCUAUAUCUGCUCUGUAAUCACUGUGAUCUCUGGUCCAUAGAUAACACUCAUUGGCUGGCCCGUGCAGGAAAGUAGAUAGCACACACACACACACACACACACACACACACACACACGUGUUCACUCAUUAUAAAACACUACACUUUCUCCCCCUCGACAACAGUCCAACAUUCCUUGUCUGCCUGUCUGCACUGACUGACUGCACUUGUCACAGCUUAGAGAUCUCAUGGAGAAGGAAAGGACAGAGAGAACGUAUGCAGAAGGGAACGAUGCAUUGAGAAAGAAAACAUUUGAAGAAGGAAAGAAGGAAGAAGAGCAUAAAGAUCCGAGGAGAUACUGUGGAUACUUUACUAAAGAACAGUUGGUCAUGCUGUGUGUCGGUGUUGCUCUGCUUGUGCUGCUUCUGAUCAUCACCAUUACCUCUGUUGUCCUGACUCAAAAUGGAGGGACCUCUGAGACGGUCCUGCCAUUCCCUACUGAUGGAGACAUGAUGGACUUCCUCGUCCAAACUGGAGACAUCAGGGAGAGAGACGCGCUGCACGCCACCUGGUAUCACCGUGCCAACAACAAGUCAGAGAUGAACAAAGCACUGCAAAGUUCUAUCAUGGUUCUGGAAGCUGAUGUGACUGUACAGGGAUACGCCACGGUCAACGUGACCACCAUCCCCAUCAUGGCUCAUCCUCCUGCUGUCUACAGUGACAACACUCUGGACCAGUGGCUGGACGCCGUGCUCCAGUCAAAGAAAGGUAUAAAGCUGGACUUCAAAUGCAUCCAGGCGGUGACUCCUUCUCUGGACAUCCUGAGCAUGAAGAACCAGACUAAAGGCAUCAACCGGCCGGUGUGGCUGAACGCUGACAUCCUCCCUGGUCCCAACGUCCCAGCCUUCUGGCCUGUCAUCGACGGACCUGAGUUCUUGGCAAUGAUCCAGCAGAGUUUUCCAGACGUGACCAUCUCUCCUGGAUGGGCGGUUCUGUAUCUGCCCCAGUUCCCUAACGUCACUUACACACAGGCCAUGGUGGGGGACAUGUACGCCAUCAUCAAAAAUGUCCCUCAGACAGUCACCUUCCCCAUCCAUGCGCUCAUGGCCAAGAACGGAUGGCCUCACAUCAGCUGGCUGCUCAGCCAGUCACCAAGGUUCAGUCUGACUCUGUGGCAGGGCCAGGAAAAGAACCCCAGUGUGAAUGACCUGCUGUUCGUCAGAGACAACACCAACCCUAAGCGGGUCUACUAUGACAUCUAUGAACCUGUCCUGUCCCAGUUUAAAGAAGCUGCCAAGCAGAGAGAUCGGCAGAGGAGGUUCUACCCUGGAGGAGACCUGAUUGACUAUUUCCAGCCGAAAUAUAGAAAUGGCCUGUACAUCCAGUGGAACACAGUCACAGACAGAGCCUCACUGCUUUCUCUGCUGUCAGACCGUGCCUGUGGCAUGCUCAUCAUUCCAGUGGGAUCUGGUUCCGCCCAGCCUGGGGUCCCAGUGGUGGAGGGCUCCCGUCCAGAGUUCCCUCUCCAGGACUGCCUGAACCUGGUUCUGGCCUCUCCAAAACCCUGUGGUAUCUACUUAAGGAUCCAGUCCCAGAGCCAGCUGGAACCCUCUCUCCACCUCCUCAGCUCAGCCUACCACAGCGACCUCCUGUACCGCCCCGUCUGGGUCAACAUGGCUCUGUCCCAUGGAGCCUUCCAGACCCAGGGCUACAUCUCUGGGAGGGAGUUCCUCCACACAGUCAACCAGGUGUUCCCCUAUGUGACCCUGGCCCCCAGCUGGCCUCUUGAAGCCCUGAGGGAGGGGUAUACCAGGGCCAUGGUGGAUGACAUGGAGGUUUUACUGAAGAGGUCAUGGCAGGCCGUGUCCCUGCAGGUGAGGGCGGAGCAACUAGGGAGGUCUGUGGAGGGACAGAGGAGGAUUCGGGAGGUGCAGUCAUGGUACUCACUCACAGUGGAGACCGGGAUAGAAAGUGGGAUUGAUGAGGAAGCAGGACCACAGGCGAUCAUGGCCAACCUCUCUGGGAGCAAAGACAGAAGCUUGUUUUUUAUAACUGAGAACUACUGGUCUAAGAUGUGAAGACAUGAUCACCUCUUAAAUGACAGUUUGCUACAUUUUCAUCUAAUAUUUUGUUGUAUUUAAAGUAAUUUAAAACCAAUGAAAAACAACUAUUCAAUUUAAUUGUAAAAUAUUUAUUGUAAAAUUAUUAGCAAUUAUUUUGUACAA